AUCGUUAGUUUAUAAUUGUUGAGCGACCAGUCGACUCGAUAAAAUGGCCGAUUUAGAAAAUUUAAGUGAACGUGACCGUGCCGUACUAAGGAGUAUUUUUGAUCCGACUGCGACGAUCGGCGAUAUUGCUGACGAGGGUGAUAACUUCGUUGAAGAUGAAGAUACUACACAGACAGACGAAGACUCUAAAGCGUUAUGCCUUCAAGCCGUGAAGUUGGCUGAAGCUGAUAAGUUGAAUGAGGCGUUGGAACUUCUUAACAAAGGCAUUGCAAUUGCGCCGGAACGUGCUUCUGGAUACAACGACAGAGCGCAGGUGUUUAGACUAAUGAAGAGAGACGACGAUGCAAUGAAAGAUAUAGAGCAUGUGCUACAAAUUACUGAAGGUAAGAAAACCCGAGCACGUGCUCUAGCACUUUGCCAACGAGGUGUGUUACUGCGCAAGCGCGGAGCAGACGACAGCGCCCGAGCCGCCUUCGCAGAAGCAGCUAAACUUGGGAGCGGUUUUGCUAAAAAACAGGUCGUCGAACUCAACCCUUACGCUGCCCUGUGUAAUCAAAUGCUGAGUCAAGUUAUGAGGGGUGAAAAGGAAAUUAAAUUAUAAUAUAAAAAAAAAACUUUUUUCUAUUUUGUAUAAUUAGUUUUAUUUGAGGGUACCAAAUAAAUAAAACACUUGGAAUCUAAUGGA